ACUUUACAUAGUAAUUGUAACAUAGUAAAUAAAAAGUCUUACAAUACAUCACUCUAAAUUCUAACCCACCCAAAAUUUAUAACAAUCAAACUUCAUUCAAGUAUAAGUAUAUUGUAUGAAUGAGGUCUCUUGGUUCAUAUCAAUCGUACGAUUUGAACUUUUAGUGUGAGAUCACAUAUUGGUUGAAGAAGAGAAGGAAGCCUUUUACUUGGAUUUCAGUUCAUCCUCAACAAUUUCUCACCUAAUUUUACAGUCAACGCGUCCCAUAUACACGAAGCUUCAAAGCUGAAAAUAAUUGAAAGUUUGGUAACUGGGGAGCUUAAAUCUUUGUGAGCACGCAAACCCAUUUUUUUAAAUACGCCGGUCGAGGGGAACUGUUACCCGGAAAGAACAUGACGGUCCUUCCACAAUUUGGGGAUAUGAAUCCAACUCUCCAGACCGUUCGCCUCAUUUCAGACUGCUUUAUCAAACCUCACACCACUCCCGAUGAAUCAAAGCACCCAUAUUACCUUAGCCCAUGGGAUCUUCUCAUGCUCUCCGUUCAAUACAUCCAAAAAGGUCUUCUUUACUCCAAACCUUCCGCCGCCGUCGACGAUGGCGGCCGUUUCAUCAACGAUCUGUUGAGUAAGCUCAAAAAUUCCCUGUCAAUUGCCCUCGUUCAUUUCUACCCACUCGCCGGACGACUCGCAACAAUCCGAUACGAAGACGAAGGUUCUUCCCUCGUUUAUGUGGACUGCAACAACAGCCCCGGUGCCAGAUUCAUUCACGCUCGUCUCGACAUGACCAUUUCCGAUAUUCUUUCCCCAACCAACGUGCCGUUAAUUGUCCAAUCUUUCUUUGACCACGACAGAGCAGUCAACUACGAGGGCCACUCCCGGCCGUUGCUGUCUAUCCAGGUCACGGAAUUACUGGACGGCGUCUUCAUCGGGUGUUCCAUUAACCACAGCAUCGUCGACGGAUCUUCUUAUUGGCAUUUCUUCAACAUCUGGUCUGAGAUAUUUCAAGCCGAUGAUGGCAAUUUUUCAAUUUCACGCCCACCGAUCCUCCCGCGUUGGUUCCCCGAGACCCACGGUCCAAUUCUAAAGCUCCCAUUCACCGAGCCCGAUCAAUUUAUUAGCAGAUUCGAAGCACCCCAACUCAGGGAAAGAAUAUUCCAUAUUUCCCCUGAAUCCUUGGCCGUUCUCAAAGCCAGAGCAAACACAGAGCACAAAACCAACAAAAUCUCCUCCUUCCAAUCCCUAUCCGCACUCGUCUGGCGAAGCAUAACACGAGCCCGUGGCCUAUCGUCGGAUCAAACCACCGGGUGCAGAUUGGCAACAAACAACAGAUCGAGGCUAAAUCCACCGUUACCAGAAAAUUACUUCGGGAAUUCGAUUCAAGCCAUAAGAGCGGUUGCGACAGUAAAGGAGCUCCUGGAAAACAAUCUCGGAUGGGCGGCGUGGAAAUUGCACGAGGCUGUAGUGAGCCACGACGACGAGAAGGUGCGAAAUCACGUGAACAAGUGGCUGGAAUCCCCGUUCGUGUAUCAAAUCGCCCAAUUAUUUGAUCCAUUGAGUGUGAUGAUGGGAAGCUCCCCUAGAUUCAACAAGUACGGGAACGUGUUUGGAAUGGGGAAGGCUUUGGCUCUUCGAAGUGGGUAUGCGCAUAAAUUCGACGGGAAAGUAUCUUGCUACCCAGGAUCUGAAGGAGGCGGAAGCAUAGAUCUGGAGCUGUGUCUUCUACCAGAUUUCAUGAGCGCUCUUGAAGCUGAUAAUGAAUUCAUGAAUGCCUGCACUACUUUAACUCACUAGAACCCAAAUGUAAGAAAUUGGUUACUUUUUGUGGCUCUUAGUCUCCCACGAACCCAAAUAAAGACUCAAUUUUUAACG